AUGGCGUGUAAGAGCAACGACACUGGACACCCGUGGACAGGCACUGGUGGCCUGGGUGUUGCCCCAGGAGCCCGGCAUCCCCCGCAGGUCCCGCUGGGGUGGGCCCGGGACCUGCUCCCAGCUGCCCACCUCCACCUUUGUGUCACCAUCACCAACAGCUUCCUCCCACGGGGAUUUCGCGAAACAAAAUACCGCAGAGUUUUCCGCAGAGAAACGCAGAGGUUCGGAUGCUUUGUGCCGGUUUGUGAUGAAGAUUUUCCCUUCCCCGAGGGGGCGGGCGGCGGCCGCAAGCUGCCGACGUGCGCCGAGCACGACCUGGAGAACUACAGCAUGUACUGCGUGAGCUGCCGCAGCCCCGUCUGCUACCAGUGCCUGGAGGAGGGCAAGCACUCCAGCCACGAAGUCAAGGCGCUAGGCGCCAUGUGGAAGCUCCACAAGAGCCAGCUUUCCCAGGCCCUGAACGGGUUGUCAGACAGAGCCAAGGAAGCAAAAGAGUUCCUGGUCCAACUCCGCAACAUGGUGCAGCAAAUCCAGGAGAACAGUGUGGAGUUCGAGGCCUGCCUGGUGGCCCAGUGUGACGCCCUCAUCGACGCCCUCAACAGAAGGAAAGCCCAGCUGCUGUCCCGGGUCAACAAGGAGCACGAGCACAAGCUGAAGGUGGUGCGAGACCAGAUUUCUCACUGCACGGUCAAGCUGCGCCAGACCACGGGCCUGAUGGAGUACUGCCUGGAGGUCAUCAAGGAGAACGACCCCAGCGGCUUCCUGCAGAUCUCCGACGCUCUCAUCAGGAGAGUGCACUUAACCGAGGACCAGUGGGGAAAGGGGACGCUCACACCCCGGAUGACCACAGACUUCGACCUGAACCUUGACAACGCCCCUCUGCUGCAGUCCAUCCACCAGCUCGACUUCGUGCAGAUGAAAGUUUCCUCCCCAGUGCCGGCCCCUCCGAUCCUGCAGCUAGAGGAGUGUUGCACUCACAACAACAGUGCCACCUUGUCCUGGAAGCAGCCCCCCUUGUCGACGGUGCAGGUGGAAGGCUACAUCCUGGAGCUCGAUGACGGCAACGGCGGCCAGUUCAGGGAGGUGUACGUGGGCAAGGAGACCAUGUGCACAGUGGACGGGCUUCACUUCAACAGCACGUACAGCGCGCGUGUCAAAGCCUUCAACAAAACAGGAGUCAGCCCGUACAGCAAGACCCUGGUCCUCCAGACAUCUGAGGACACGCAGUCAGAAGAACAGACCCUCCCUUUUCCAGUGCCUUUGGAAAGAUCGCAGCUUCGUAGAAUGAGUCCUUUCUCCUCCACCCUUAAUCUGCAACCCAGCUUUCCGGGGAGAUCCUACUUUGAGCUAAGAUCUUCGGCCCACCAGCUGAGCUUGCAUUCUUCUUUACAGUCCCUGAAUUCAGCCGGAUGCAAUUUUGAGACACAAGGAACGCCUUACUCUCAAUUAGUUGACAUUAAAAAAAUGGUGGCAGUUGCUUGGUUUUCUUUCGAUCCUGCCUCUGCCCAUGCUGACAUCAUCUUUUCUAAUGACAACCUGACUGUCACCUGCAACAGCUAUGAUGACAGGGUUGUGCUGGGGAAAACGGGCUUUUCCAAAGGGCUCCAUUACUGGGAGCUGUCAAUCGAUCGUUACGAUAACCACCCUGACCCCGCCUUUGGUGUGGCACGCAUUGAUGUCCUGAAGGAUGCCAUGCUGGGCAAGGACGACAAGGCCUGGGCCAUGUACGUGGACAAUAACCGGAGCUGGUUCAUGCACAACAAUUCGCACACCAACAGAACCGAGGGUGGGAUAACGAAAGGCGCCACGGUGGGAGUGCUGCUGGAUUUGACCAGGAGGACCUUGACGUUCUCCAUCAACGAGGACCAGCAAGGGCCUGUCGCCUUCGAGAACCUGGAGGGCCUCUUCUUCCCCGCGGUCAGCCUCAACAGGAACGUGCAGGUACAUGCUUUGACCAUGCUCUCUGGAGCACCACAGCAGCAUGCCCUGCGGCUGAGCUUGCUGGCAGUCUCCCUCUAA